AUGUUUCUUGCAUUGUUGCCUCAGGGUGACCUGACUUUGUUGGGUGACCGCGGCACAACACUCAGUGGUGGCCAGAAGGCACGCAUCAAUCUUGCGCGGGCAGUGUAUCUGGACGGCAAUGUGGUAUUGCUUGACGACCCAUUAAACGCGGUCGACGCAGCUGUUGGGAAGCAGCUGUUCGACCUCUGCAUCCGCGGGUAUCUGCGUCGUCAGGCCGUCAUCCUCGUCACCCACCACUUGCAGUACAUGAGUGCAGCCGACAACAUCCUUGUGCUGCAAGAGGGAAAAUGUGCGUUUGUUGGCCCGUACAACGAAUUACAGAGAAGCAACAUCGACCUCGAAAUGCUGCUUGGCGUUGGAGCUCAAGCGACAUCGUCUCGAGCAUCUUCACUUCGACCUACCUUCAACAUUCUCAAACGAGAAGCUCCGACUGUCCCUCAGUAUGGCAGCGCUGUCCUCUCUGGUGUUUCGGACGAAAAAAAUUAUCGGAUGUUUCGUCGGUCUUCGGAAAAUUUACGGGAGAAAUCUGCAGAAGACAUACCCAUCGUUCCACGAGAGGAAAAGCGUUCGGUGGGCUCUGUCUCUUCAGCCGUGUAUCUACAAUACUUCCUCAACGGCGGAUCCAUGGCGUGGCUCAUUCUUCUCAUUCUGUCGAACCUCAUCACUCAAGUUGCUUACUCGGGAUCAGAUUUUUGGCUCGCGUUAUGGACUAAUGCGCUUGAAGGGGAAACAACUCGCUGUGCAGGCAACGGCAUUCGCGAAAUUGGUUUCACAUUACCACCAUUAAUUUUUCUGCAAGUCUAUGGAGCACUGGUGGGUGCCGUGUUCAUUCUAUCUCUGGGCCGGACGGUGUUAUUCUUCAUGAUGUGUUGUGUGUCGUCACGACGCCUGCACGACAAAAUGUUUCAAGCAGUCGUCCGCGCGCCCAUGAGAUACUUCGACACUCACCCAAUUGGUGAGGUGCUGAAUCGUUUCACCAAAGAUAUGGGACAAAUUGAUGACCAACUGCCUAUGUGCCUAUGGGACUUUCUGGAAAUCUUAUUGAACAUGACGGGAAUCAUCGCUAUGGUCGUGUUCAUCAACCCUUACCUUCUCAUCCCCACCGUCGCACUUGGCGUCGCUCUUAUCUUCUUGCGACGACUUUAUCUGCACUCCGCUCGAGACAUCAAGAGACUGGAAGGAAUCACGCGCAGCCCGGUGUUCUCCCACCUGAGCACGUCUCUGCACGGCUUGACCACCAUCAGGGCAUUCCAGGCUCAGGACUCCUUCGUCAAAGACUUCGAUGACAUCCAGGAUUUACACACGUCUUCUUGGUCCCUCAUGCUGGCAGUUACUCAGUGGUACGGACUGGCACUGGAUGGACUCUCGUCCUGCUUCAUCGCCUGCGUUGUCAUCGCGUGUCUCUCUGCUCAAUAUCAACGGAGUGGAGAUGUGGGGUUAGCUAUCUACUGCUCACUGAUGCUCACCAACACUCUUCAGUGGGGAGUUCGGCAGUCGGCCGAGGUCGAAAACCAGAUGACAUCUGUGGAGAGGGUGCUCGAGUUCAGUGAACUGCAACCAGAGCAACCACUUGUCACAGAUGAAGACGACAACCUGAAGUCAGAUUGGCCAAGCUCUGGAGAGAUUGAGUUCAGGAACGUGAGCCUUCGCUAUGACGAGCACCUGCCUUUGGUGCUGAGGAACGUCUCAUUUAAUAUAGCCUCGGGAGAGAAAAUCGGUAUCGUUGGCCGCACGGGAGCCGGCAAGUCGUCGCUCAUCUCCUGCUUGUUCCGCUUAACGGAACCCACGGGAGAGAUCAUCAUCGACGGUGUGGACAUCGGCAAACUCGGGCUGCACACUCUUCGCAAGAACAUUUCUAUCAUCCCUCAAGACCCUGUACUCUUCAAUGGCCCUCUUCGUAAGAACCUGGACCCUUUCUACGAGUACCCUGACGAGGAGCUAUGGGAUGCACUUGACGCAGUGCAAAUGAAGGAGGUGGUGCAGGCUAGCCCCGAUGGUCUGGAUCACUCAGUAGAGGAGGGCGGCAGCAACCUGAGUGUGGGGCAGCGGCAGCUCGUGUGUCUGGCUCGCGCCAUCCUCUCGCACAACCCCAUCCUGCUCAU